CACACACACACACACACACACACACACACACACACACGCACCCCACUGGCUCCGGCACCGGCAACUUCUCCUAAAGCCUAAGUCUCCGAAACUGUAUCUUUCUUUAACCACACACCCUCCUCCCAUGGUAUCACUACUCUCUCAUUCCACAUCCAUUCACUUCACAUCUCAUCUUUUCUUCAACUCCCAACUCUGCCAGCAUGCACAUCCUUCUCAAUUCAAAUUUCGACCUCGCCGGACCAAUCUUUCUGUAAACUCACUCGAAAAGAACAGUUCUUUUUCCUCAAACACUCAAAACCAACCCCAAGAACCCCCAAGAACGUUGUUCCCAGGAGGGUUUAAGCGGCCCGAGAUCAAAGUACCCAAUAUUGUACUCCAAUUGAGUUCGGAAGAUGUACUAAGUGACAAGAGUGCUUUGGAUGUGAUUGACGGGGCGGUUAAGAAUCGAGUCGGGAUAGUGGUGCUCAAUGGUGGUGAAGGAAGUGGUGGGAAGUUGUACGAAGCUGCUUGUUUGUUGAAGUCGGUGAUUAGGGACCGGGCGUACUUGAUGAUUGCCGAGCGUGUUGAUAUUGCCGCCGCGGUUAAUGCCAGUGGGGUUGUGCUUUCCGAUCAAGGUCUCCCUGCCAUUGUGGCGAGGAAUGCAAUGAUGGACUCCAAAUCUGAAGCAAUAGUUCUUCCAUUAGUUGCAAGAGAUGUGCAGACUUUGAAUGCUGCUGUAAAUGCAUCUAAUUUUGAAGGUGCUGAUUUUCUUAUAUAUGGUAUUGAUGGAGAGAGGGAUCAUAAGGAACUGGUGAGCUCUGUAUUCGAGCAUGUGAAAAUUCCAAUUUUCAUCAUGAGCAACACGUGUGGAGUUGAGAAAUUGUUUAAUGAAGGAUCACAAUUACUCAAAUCAGGGGCUAGUGGUUUAGUUAUUUCAUUGGAAGAGUUGAAGUCCUUUGGUGAUGAUGAUCUGAGCAGAUUGUUUUACAGUAUUUAUGUACCAAAGGAGCCAAAACAUGAAAAAGUGCAAAGUUCUCAAAAAAUCUGGACAUUGGACACAGAUAAUGGAUUUCCAGGGAAAAAGAGGGUGGCCGGCUUUACUGAACUGGAGGAUAGAGAACAACAGAUCAUAGAAAAAGAGAGAUCGGUAUUGCUUGAAGCGAUAAAUGUCAUCCAGAGAGCUGCACCACUGAUGGAGGAAGUCUCACUUCUCAUUGAUGCUGUUUCUCAACUUGAUGAGCCAUUUUCACUGGUUAUAGUGGGUGAAUUCAACUCUGGCAAAUCAACUGUGAUCAAUGCUCUUCUUGGCAAAAAGUACCUUAAAGAUGGGGUGGUUCCUACAACAAAUGAAAUAACUUUUUUACGCUAUUCUGAGUUGAAUCCCAAGGAGCAACAGUAUUGCGAAAGGCAUCCAGAUGGACAAUAUAUAUGCUACCUACCUGCUCAAAUUCUUAAAGAAAUGAUUAUUGUUGAUACACCUGGAACGAAUGUGAUUCUUCAGAGGCAACAACGUCUGACUGAGGAAUUUGUGCCUCGUGCAGAUUUGCUUCUUUUUGUAAUUUCUGCAGAUCGCCCAUUGACUGAAAGUGAGGUUGCUUUCCUAGGUUACACACAGCAGUGGAGGAAAAAAGUCGUAUUUGUGCUGAAUAAAGCUGACCUUUAUCGGAAUGCCAGUGAGCUUGAGGAAGCUAUUGCAUUUGUCCAGGAAAAUGCACAGAAGCUUAUGAAAACUGAACAUGUCACAUUAUAUCCCAUAUCUGCACGCUGUGCUCUUGAAGCAAAACUUUCGACUUCCUCUAACAGUCUAAAAGAUUAUGAAGAAUCGUCCAUGGAUAAUUCCCAUUGGAAAAUUAGUAGCUUCUAUGAACUUGAGAAGUUCUUGUAUAGCUUUUUAGAUGGGUCGACAAGUAUGGGAAUUGAAAGAAUGAAGCUUAAGCUUGAAACACCUGUUGGGAUUGCAGAGCAACUGCUGUCUGCUUGUCAAAAGCUUGUGAGACAAGAGUGCCAGCAAGCCAAGCAGGACUUCACAGCAGUGAAUGAAUUAGUUAUUAGUGUACAAGAGUAUGCAUUGAAGAUGGAAAGAGAGAGCAUUUCUUGGAAGAAACAAGCUUUGUCAAUGAUUGAUACUACACAAGCACGUAUUGUCAAGCUUAUAGAAUCAACUCUAAGAUUAUCAAACCUUGACCUUGCCACUUCAUAUGUUUUCAAAGGAGAGAAAUCUGCUUCGAUGCCGGUCGCCUCAAGUAUUCGCAAUGACAUCAUCAAUCCUGUACUCUCUGAAGCGCAAAAACUACUGGGUGAAUAUAUGACAUGGUUACAAUCAAAUAAUGCUCGUGAAGGAAGACUGUAUAAGGAAUUGUUUGAGAAAAGAUGGCCUUCAUUUAUUGAUCCACAAAAGCAGGCACAACUGGAGACUAGUGAGUUGCUGGGGAGAAAGUAUGAACUGAGCAUAAAAAUAAUAGAGAACUUCAGUGCUCCGGCUGCUUCCAAACUGUUUGAGCAAGAAAUUCGUGAAGUGUUCUUGGGAACUUUUGGUGGUCUAGGAGCAGCUGGUUUAUCUGCAUCACUUCUAACUUCUGUGCUACCAACAACCUUGGAAGAUCUUCUUGCUCUCGGUCUUUGUUCUGCUGGCGGUUUGUUAGCAGUUUCAAAUUUCCCAGCCCGUAGGCAGAAGGUCGUGGAUAAAGUUAAAAGGAUUGCUGAUGCAUUGGCAUGUGAACUUGAAGAGGCGAUGCAGAAGGACCUGUUGGAGACGACUGAGAAUCUGGAAAACUUUGUGAAACUCAUCGGCAAACCGUAUCAAGAUUUAAUGCAAAAUAGACUGGAUAAACUUUUGGAGACCGAAGAUGAAUUAACAAAAGCUGAGGAAAAGCUUAGAACAUUACGGAUUGAAAUUCAAAAUCUUCACAUAUCCUGAUGGUAUGACACACUUCCAUUGUCAUUUGUGACCUUCAUUUCUUUCUGGAGUGGAUGCUAAAGAGGAGGUGAGAUGUUGUGUCACUACUAUACUUUUUAGUUUCCUUGAUGUAUAAUAAAUAUCUUUCAGAGUAGGGUGUCUCUGAAAAUUUUCUUCAGAUAUUAAAGCUUUUUUCGAUCGGUUUGCGAGUUUUAUAUCCAUCCCAAGUUUUUGU